AUGACGGAUAACCUUCGUCGUGCGGGAGAGCGAUUGAAGAUUGUUGCGAAUAUGAACCGCUGGCCACGAAGCUCGCCCCCCGACGGGCUGAGUCUGGGGCCCGAUGCCCCCAGACGGUGUCACUUGCUGGAUCUUCCGACGGAGUUGAUCCUGGAGAUUAUCUCACAUCUAUCCUUGUUGCCGGAGGCCUGUCUAGCGUUGACAUGUCGACGGCUACACUUGAUAGCCGGGGGAAUCUUGGAGUCCAAGUCGCUCCAUUUCAACCGGGACUUCGCACCCCUCUUCCACCACUACCGAAACGGCCAUAGUCUGGUCACCCCCCGCUGGCAGUUGAUCAACCUGCUGGAGAAUAGUCGCUGGCGCGCCUGCUCCCGAUGCCUCAAGUUGCAUCCGCGAAGCGCAUACUCCUCCCGCGAGAUGAAACGAAAAUCUGAGGAUCGAGUCUGCAAUCUGGGCAAUAUGACGGGCAUCGUCGACUUGUGUCCGUGCAAGAAGCUUACAUACCGGGACAAGCUGGACCUCAUUGACCUGUUGAAAGUACGGCAACAGACGGUGCCCAUGCUGGCCUCCCAGACUGGACCCGGUGUCCCAGAGCGCUUUUGCUGGCAUUCGUGCACCGAAAACUACGGAUCCACGGAGCUGAAGGUGGCGCUUUACCCCCAGCUGGACGCGGACGAUCAGCUUUUCGUCAAAACAGAGUACUACCUGACUACGGGGUCGGGGCAGCUCGGCAAAGAAGAGCAUAUGACGCCUCGGUUUGGCUGUGCCCAUCGCUCCGUGGAUCUGUGGCUCUCCAGCGUCUGUCAGACGACUGUCUGUGGACUUUACGACAGCUACUGUGCUUCAUGCAAACGCAUCUCCGUCUGCAAUUCCUGCAACGCCACCCUGAAAUGCCCUCGCAAACAGCCAUGCCGCGUGGAUGACGAGGCGGCCCGAUGGACGUAUUUCUUUUGGACGGAGCGCGGCCUCGGAGGUCCUGCACCUAUGCCCGACGGGAAGUGGGCCGCCCAGAGGAUCCAUCCGGCCGAGAGCAUGGUCGAUGUGGACAACUGCAGCGAGCUGUGUCCCUGGACGGUUCGCGAACACCCUGCCCUCAACGGACCCCCCGCACUGGGAAUGGAUAUUCUGGAUCCUGGGAUGCAGGACCAGUCGAUGAAUCAACUGUACUCUUCGAUUAAUAUGAUCUAUCCACCACCUCAUAACGGCCAAUAUCCUCCCCAGUAUCUGCAACAGCCUCCCCAGCAGACGAUCCCGUCGCAGCAGCUACUGUACAAUAACAAUGUGCCUCAGAGUCCGUCGCCGUAUCAGCAAUAUGGGAAACCCCUGGGCUAUCCGUCCGUUAUGAUCCCUCCGUAUCCUACAUACGCGCAGACAUACAGCCCUCAACAGGUUCCGACGCCGCCGCAGCCCCAACAGCCUCAACCACCUCCUCAGCCUCCGCAACCUCCGCAGUUUGUGAACCCAUCCGAUCUCUUCAAUCAGCCGCCCGUGCCAUCACUUCCACCUUCUACAUUCAGUCAUGGGGGCUCUCAGUUCGGAGGACAACCUCCGGCUCCGGCUCCGGUGUCGCCGCCGCCGCCGCCGCCCGCAAGCCCCCCUCAAGCAAUCACCACCUCUGUUGCGACACCGUCGACUACAUACUAUGUCGAUCCUACUGCCAGCCAGGGGAACCAAACCCAGGUGUUCCCGAAAUACCCGCCAGCGGUCCCCAACCCACCUACGCUCCGACCCCAAUCUGCCGCUCCUACCCCUCCUGCGCCGUCGCCGAAACCCAUCCCCCAGGUGUUGAUCCCGGCUCCGUCGCCGGAUGUACAGCAGAAGAUGCAACAGCGCCCGUCUCCCAAGAAGCCGACAGCCAAACCGACUUCUAAACAAACUCCCAAAUCGGGCCCGCAGAAAUCGGCCAAACCCCCGAUCGACUAUCAGGUUCUGUUGCUGGCUAUGGCGGACGAGUACCUCAACGCGGCUCACGGGCAUGGAACCAUGGUUGCCUUGGCGAGGAGGGAAAUGGAGGUUGAGGAAUACUAUAAACUUGUUUCUACGGGUCUUGGCUGUCUCGAGGCCGUGUUGAAGAACUGGCGACUGCAGCCCCGGGUGGAGGCCCUUGUACGAUUACGAUACGCGCGCAUCUUGUUUGAGGAGACCGAUAACGAUCUGCAGGCGGAGACGGCACUGAGUAAGGGUAUUGAUCUAUGUGAACGAAAUCGCAUGCUGGACCUGAAAUACAGCAUGCAGCACCUCUUGGCGCGAAUGCUGCACAAGACCAACCCCAAAGCUUCUUUGAAGGCUGUUGACGGGGUAAUCCAAGACGUGGAGGCAUACCGACAUUCCGCCUGGGAAUAUGCGUUUCGCUUCUUGCGAGUGUCACUUUCGUUGUCGUCGCAGUCUCACCAAGACUCGGUGUCGGCCCUACAGCAGCUACACAAAAUCUCCCACAUGGCCGACCGUAACGGCGACAGGGCCGUGUCGGCUAUGUCCGCCGUGAUCGAGGCCCUUGCACACCUGCAGCAAGGGACGGGCCACGAUUCGAUCGAACUGGCCCAAAGCGCCGUGGCGGCUGCACGGAAGCACCAACUCAAUGACGAGCUCCGCCAGAUUCCACAGCUGACAACGCUGAUCCAGAUGGUCGAUGUCUGCUGCAGUCUCCUGGAGUAUGAUGUCAACCAGUCGUCCCAGAAGCUGAAAGACAUGCAGGACUUGAUGGACGGGCGACUGAAAGAUCCGAAUUGGCGGUCGGACGGGUCAUUCUCGAUCCCGCUGAAUGGCAAGUCGGCAGGACCUUCUUCCAUAGAUACCAGCGAUAUCCUUCAAGUGCAGAAAGGGACUUUGCUCCUGAGCUUCAACUGGCUCCCCAUCCACGACCUCUACACCCUUUGCUACUUCCUUAGCUCCAUCACCCUCAGCUGCAAGAACUCUUACGAUGGGCGCAAGGCGGAAAAGUUCCUCCAGGAAGGAAUCGGGAUGGUGCAGUCAAGCCUCAGAGAGCCCCAGGACAUCCCCGAAUCGGUGGUGAACGCGAAUAAGCGCGUGGAGUGGCGACGCACCUUGUACUGCAACCUCCUCCUGCAGCAAGUUUUCCUCGCGUGCGGGCGCACCGCCUGGGACCUAGCCUCCAAGGCCCUGAAUGAGCUCUGGCAGGAAACGCAGGAACUCGGGGACCGUCUGCCCGAUACGAUCCGCUGUCUGAUGGAGUACGCCGCGGGGUCAAUUGCGCAAGCCACAGGCGAUUUAAACCAGGCUUUGAGCAUAUUCCAGUCGCCUCUGCUAGCGCUAUCUCCAUCCACCAGCCGCGUCGCGCGCAAUGACCCCUGUCGCGACAUUGCCAUCCUAGCAGCCCUGAACACAAUCCUCAUCCUCCGCGACCCCAACCAUCCCUCACACCACCAUCUCCCCAACGUGCUAGCGACAGUGGAAAGCUUCUGCCAGAACGGACCCAACCGAUACCUCCAGGCCGCGUACGAUCUCGUCUGCGCGACAGUGCAGACCGAGUCGACAAUCCAGACCAAACAGUUCCUCCAGCGGGCUCUCCAGUCCGCGACGGCGAUCAGCAACAGCCAGAUCACCUGCAUGACGCUGACCUUCAUGAGCUUCAAGUACUUCCGCGGCGUGGUGGGCGCACAAGCCGAGAAGAGCGCGCGGGCGGGCCGAGCCAUGGCGAAGAAGGCCAACGACCGGCUCUGGGUCAGCGUCACGGACGAGAUGCUGGCGGAGACUCUGGAGCGUCAGGGGAAGAAUGACGAGGCUAUGGGGGUGCGUGAAGAGGGACAUCGGCUGAUGAUGGGGUUACCGGCGGCGUUGAAGCGACCUGCCUAG